GUUUAUUAAUUAAGCGUAGUUCCUCUGACGUCGUCGUCAAAACAAUAACUGAACAGCCGGCGUACUCAAAUUCCUCCAUUUUAGAUUUGGCAAUACUUUUCAAAAUACACGGCAAAAAAAGUUUUGUCAGAGACCCAUUACUGAAUCGCUAUCAUCAAAUUGAAAUCGUCGAAAUCGACCAACAUGGACCCCUCGGUGGACAACAUCGUAAAAGGAAUCCUUCUCACCCAGAUCCAGAAAAUGAAGACAAGCUUGGAAUUUCGACGCGUGCCGUAUUUUCUGUCGGCUCGCGCCAUGAUUUUCAACGAUUUAGCAGAGCGACUAAACUACGCCUUUACCCAGGAGAAACUACACUACAAUUUCAUCAUUUACAAUAUCGAUGAUGGAUACAAAUUCGACAUGAUUCAAGGACAAGUCGGAUAUGAGUCAUUUUCUAAAUGGUCAAUUCAGUUCGGAAUUUGGGUUUUUCAACAAGGCGCAUUUACCGGAAUGUGUGAUAAGGUUGGCUUCAUCAGCGGGGGGUACAACAGGGGAUGCAUUACCGGGAGGAAAUCGGACCACGAGAAAAAUGGUCAAAGUGUCGAGAUAACCACAAUCUACUUUGGAGUUCCAUCCGGUGGCGAUGGGGACAAAUGAUUAAUGUUAAAAUGUGCUAUUUGAUGUACUUUAUUCCAAGGGAAUAAUAAAAUAGGAUUUCUGAAGUGAAAUCGAUGAAUUUAAA